UUAGUUUAACAGAUUGAUCAGCUAUGGAACCGGCAAUAUCCUGCUCCCGUGUCCUCUUCAUCAAGUCGACUUGCAUUUUCUGUUAAGGCGCGCACAAUUCUACAAGUACAAGUCUACAACCCAUCUUCCAUUCUCCAGCCCACGCCGCCAGGAACUUCUUAAACCCUAAUUCUCUUCCGUCAACCACCCUCCAAGCCAACCGCCACAAUCACCGGCUCACACCGCCAGUAACUCCACUAGAAGAUUUUUGGAAGGGGUUGAGCAUCUCUUGGGUGUGUUAUUUAAGUACUUCUCGCUUCCUUGAAAAACAACCUUCCAAUUCUGUAAAUCUUCUUUGUCAAAUCUUUUAAACAACCAGUCCAGUUAUGGCGACGUCCAGGGAAGCCAUGUCAGUAAAGUCUCUCAAUACUACUCCAGGCCGCCGAAAUCGCCGUUUUGUGUUCAAAUCAUUUGCACAAAGAAUUGAAGAGUUAGAAAUCGACGUCUUCCGAUGUUUGGAUACUAUUAAACCCGAGCCUUCUUCUGGCUCCUCUUUUUUCCUGGAUUGUUUGAUUCAAUGGAGGGAGUUGAAUACGGCCGAGGAUUUUAUAUCAUUCUAUCUAGAAAUGUUUCCGCUUGUUCAAACUUUGCCUUUGGUGCUGUUAAACAAGGAUGCAAUUAUUUCAAAACUGCUCUCUAGGUUGCAUUUGAAAGCGCGGCUUUCAUUAGAGCCUAUUCUCAGGUUGAUUGCGGAAUUAUCAAGAGAUCUACUCGAAGACUUUUUACCCUUUCUUCCAAAGAUUAUUGAUUCUUAUUUGACUCUUCUCAAAGAAGGCUCUGACCGGGAACCAGAUAUUGUUGAACAGUUAUUUACCUCAUGGUCAUAUAUAGUGAUGUAUCUACAGAAGUAUCUCACUCAAGACGUUGUUAAUGUUCUCAAGGUCACAGUCAAAUUGAGAUAUUAUCCCAAAGAUUUUGUCCAGGAGUUUAUGGCUGAAGCUCUUUCAUUUUUGCUGAGAAAUGCAUCUACUGAGCAACUUAUAAAAGGUGUUCGGAAGAUUCUACGUGAAGCUGCACGGAAACCAUCUCAGGCUAAGAAAACUGGAGUUGCAGCUCUGCUUUGGCAUAUUAUGAGAGGAACAUCGUCCAAGUUUCAUUCACGUGCAGAUCGAAUGUUGCAUUUAUUGAUAGAUAAUAGCACUUUGAGUAUAGGUGACAAGUUUGACCAAGGAUCUGACACUGUUAUUGAAAUUGUGAUUACUGCUUUUGAAAGAUGUAUGGAGUUGAAUCCCAAUGAUCUGAAGCUGAUUUGGGAUUGCUUGUAUAAGGAAAUUAAUGGUUGUGUUACUGGUGAAUAUUCUCAACAUUUAUCUCGUCUGUUAUCAGUGCUUAUAUUGAUUAUCUCUGCUGAUCGCGGUCGGAAAGUUAGUGAUUUCGAGCCUAUAUUGGAAUUAGUUGGGUUGCUCAUGCGACAAUUUGUUCUACCGUAUAUUAGUGGUAAAGCAGAGGGGCUGGUAUCUGAAGCUGCUGAUAAAAUCUUUCAGCUCAUGCUGUGUGUUACUGAUGGCAUUUAUAGUAAUAAAAAUUUGACUGCUCUUCCCAAAAUUUCCCUUCAGUGGGCUCCUAUAUUUCAAUUAAGGAACUCAAGUUUGCUUACAUUUCUGAAAGAGUUUGUCUUGAAGGAUUAUGCUAUACUUGCAUUCCGAAGUAAUAUUCUAAGUGGUUGCUUGAAUGUUUUGGGUAUAUCAAAGGGAGAUGCUCUACAUUUGAUGUUGACAUUUUCUGAAAGGUUUCGGGACAAAACAGGAAGUUUCAAUGUACUGGAAGGAAUGUCCGAGGAUGUGGUUUUCAUGGCCCGUCAUUUCUUUCAGGAGACUAUCAUCAAUUGGAUUGAAUUGUUAAAGAGUAUAACACAUGGGGAUAAGUCAUUUAUUCAAGUAGAUGAAGGCAAUUUGGCUUUACUAUGGGGGAACAUCUGUUGCGUACCCUAUUUCCUAUAUGCUGAGAGGAAUGGUUUUUUGAUGGACUUAGUGGAUGUAGUUGAUCAGUUAUUGAUAGCUGAAGCAGAUUUUGCCGGAGUUCCUGAACCAAUCUGGCAGGGCCUAGUUGGUGCUGCUUUACAGAGUUACCACAAUGCUGGAAAAACUGAAAGUUUUGAACUUGAAGAUACCAGGAGGAUUUUGGAUAUUGGAAAAAGGUACAAAUCGUCACGAAAAAUAGUGUCAGCUGUAGCAGAUUACUUGGAUUUAAGUUAUGGGUCCAACAUUCAAACUAAGAGCAAUGCUGUUAUAAAACAUUCCAAGCUUGAAUCCGAUUCGAUAAAUGUUUUGAAUGUGUAUUCAGAGAACCUUUACAGUCCUGAAAAGGAACUUCGUGUUUCAACCCUCAGAGUACUGUGUCAUUUGGAACAUUUGAACUACGUAUCGUUGAGGUCAAAGAAGGUGGAUGAGCAGUUGAUGGAUGUAGUAGUUUCUGAAGAAAAUCAGACCGGCACCUGUUAUUGCAAUGUGUUUGAACUACUACUCUCAAUUGAGGAAACACCCAUUUCAGUGGCUACCAGUAGAAAACUCACUUUGCUAGUCUCUAGAAUACAAACGUCUCUCUCUGCUCCAGGGACACCUGAAGUAUAUAUACUGCCUGCUUUUUAUGGCAUUAUUGGGCUUUUGUUCAACCAAUUCAAGGAUUUAUCAAAUUCAUGUUUAGAGUGCCUUUCUGCUUUGAUCAAGACCUAUCCUGCGCUGCUUUGGGAUAGAUUUAUCAGUUUUUUUGAGCAACAGCAGGCCAGUUUCUUAAAGAGGCAGGUGUCAGACAACUCAAACAUGGCAUUAUCCUGCGAGACCACUGAUUUGCUAGAACGCUUUCGCAUGUUUUGUGGCUUAUCAUCAUGUGACAAUAAUUGCUCAUCGAUAUUGUCGAUGCUUCUCCAAGCUUUGGAGAAGAUGCCAAGUGUUACCGAAUCUCAUUCUCGUCAAAUAGUCCCUUUAUUUUUGAAAUAUCUUGGUUACAAAGAUGAAAACUCUUGUCUGGGAUCGUAUGACUCAUUGACUUGUAUGGGAAAGCAUUGGAGAAUUAUGCUCAUGGAGUGGCUAAAUGUUUUAAAAUUAAUGAAGAAUUCCAGAUCUUUAUACCAUAGUCAACUAUUGAAAGACGUUUUGGUUUAUAGGCUGCUUGAUGACAAUGAUGCUGAGAUGCAGACAAAGGUGUUGGAUUGUCUCUUGAAUUGGAAGGAUGGGUUUUUGCUCCCAUAUGAGAAGCAUUUGAAGAAUCUUGUCAAUUCAAAAUAUUUGAGAGAGGAACUUGCUACUUGGAAUCUGUCUGAAGAGUCUAAUUUUGUACAAGGAGAGCAUAGAGCCCAACUUGUUCCUCUGGUGUUACGAUUGCUUAUGCCGAAAGUUAGAAGCCUUAAAACACUUGCUUCAAGGAAGCAUGCAAGUGUGAGCAAUCGAAAGGCUGUGCUGGGGUUUAUCGCUCAACUUAGUGUUUCUGAGCUUCCUCUUUUCUUUAAACUAUUGAUGAAGUCUUUGCAAUUUACUGAACUUGAUAAUGGUGGAACGGAAGGUUCUGACGAAAGCAGUGUGGAUGAAUUUGAAUCGUCUAGUUUACUGAGUCUUUUCACCACAGAGAAGAUAUUGGCAAUUCCCUGGAAAAAGAGGCAUGGCUUUCUUCAUGUGGUUGAAGAAGUUUUAAACAUUUUUGAUGUUUCACGUGCUAGCCCAUUUCUUGACCUCUUAAUGGGUUGUGUUGUUCGAAUACUGGAAGUCUGUGCUUCCAAUAUUUUGAGUAGAAGUAAUAAGCAACUUGCUCACCCUUAUGAUUGUUCUGAAAUCACCUUGCCAGACAGUGGAGAGGAAGCUGUGAGCCAUGAUGUGUGUAUAAAUGUCAAGCAAUCCAAAGAUGUGAGAUCCUUAUGCUUGACAAUCAUUUCCUCUGCUCUUAAAAAGUAUGAGGACCAUGAUUUCGGCUCUAAAUUUUGGGAUAUAUUCUUUAAGGCAGUCAAGCCUUUAGUUGAUGGAUUUAAGCAGGAAGGUUCAAGUAGUGAGAGGCCAAGUUCUUUGUUUGUUUGCUUUCUUGCAAUGAGCCAGAGUCCGACUCUUGUAUCUCACUUAUGCAGAGAGAAGAACCUGAUUCCAGACAUAUUUUCAUUUUUAUCCGUUCCAACAGCUUCGGAUGCUAUAGUUGAUAGUGUUUUCAAAUUCAUUGCGAACCUUCUAAGUCUUGAACCUGAGCUUGGGAUUUAUGAAAACACUGUCAAGAAAGUUCUACUUUCAAACCUUGAGGGUCUUGUUAACAAUCUGCAUCACCUUUUCCACAAUAAUACCGAGAGAAAAAGGAAGUUGCUCAAAAAUCCAGGGGAAACUGUGCUCAGAGUUCUCAAAAUGGUGUCAAAGAUCAUAAAAGAUCAAACAGUAGCAAGAAAGUUUGCGGAUGUCUUGCUUGCCUUAUCAUCUGAUGGAAUUAAAAAUUCUGAUGUAUGUAUGGAAGCUCUGCAGAUCUUCAGAGAUAUUGUGCCGGCAUUACAGAGUGAAGUUAGCAAUAAAAUCUUCAACGCCAUAUCACCCAUGCUUAUUUCUGCUGAGAGGAACUUGCGCUUGUCAAUAUGUGAGCUUUUUGAUGCAUUAGCUGAAAAUGAUUCAUCCAUACGCUCUACGGCCAAACUUGUCUCUGAAUUAAAUGCAAUUUCUGCAUUGGAAAUGGGUGACCUUGAUUUUGAUGCCAUCAUCAAUGCUUAUGACAGAAUCACUCCCGACUACUUCUUUGGUGUUGGAGAGGAUCAAGCAAUAGUGAUACUGUCCCAUUGCAUUUAUGAUAUCAAAUCCGAAGAAUUAAUAUUGAGGCAGAGUGCGUAUAAGUCGUUGCUCUCAUUUGUUAAUUUCUCUGCUAUGAUAAUUGAAGGAGAGAAAAUGGUACUUAAUGGAAGUUAUUGGAAUAAUAGUCGCGUUCAGCAUAUUGUUAAUAAAUUCCUUUUGAAGCACAUGGGAGAUGCAAUGAGCAAAGGAACAAGCAUGCGGAAGGAAUGGAUUGACUUGCUGCACGAGAUGGUCCUAAAGCUUACAGGAAUUCCAAAUCUUGGAACUUUGAAGGUUUUGUGCAGUCAAGAUGCUGAGGUGGACUUUUUCAACAACAUUGUUCAUUUACAGAAACAUAUGAGAGCUAGGGCAUUGUCACGCUUUAGGAACCUUGUUGGAAAUGGGCAGCUUUCUGAGUUGAUGUUGAAGAGAGUAUUCAUCCCUUUCUUUUUCGGUAUGUUGUAUGACUUGCAAACGGGAAAGGGAGAACAUCUAAAAAUUGCCUGCAUGGAUACCAUUGCUUCUAUAUCUGGUCAAUUAGGAUGGAAAUCAUACUAUGAACUACUAAUGAGAUGUUUCAGGGACAUGGCAAAGAAGCCUGACAGGGAAAAAAUAUUGUUACGUCUUGUUUGUUCUAUUCUUGACCAUUUCCAUUUUUCUGAAACCUUUUCCUCACAAGACUCUGGACAUGCUCACAAUGAUGUGAUUGAGAACGAGCCCAAAGAAAAACCUGAUUCAGUUGUGAUAACCAGACAUACCACUUCGAGUUUGUCUACAAUACAGGCCUGCCUUGAUGGUAUGGUGCUGCCGAAGUUGCAAAAAUUGCUUGUAUCUGAUCCAGAGAAAGUGAAUAUCAUUAUCAAUGUUGCUAUAUUGAAAGUUCUUCAGUUACUUCCUGGGGAUACUCGGGAUGCUCACCUUUCCAGUAUCAUUCAUCGAAUAGCAAACUUCCUGAAAAAUCGUUUGCAAAGCGUCCGUGAUGAAGCAAGAUUAGCUUUGGUAGCAUGUUUGAAGGAGCUUGGUUUUGAGUACCUUCAACUUGUAAUCAAGGUCUUGAGGGCAACACUGAAACGAGGGUUUGAGCUUCAUGUUCUGGGGUAUACUCUCAACUUUAUCUUGUCAAAGGGUCUUCCAGAUUCUGUUGGUGGUGUUCUAGACUACUGUUUGGAUGAACUCCUUACUGUGGUAGAUAAUGACAUUUUUGGAGAGGUAGCCGAGCAAAAAGAGGUGGAAAAGAUUGCUUUCAAAAUGAAAGAAACUAGAAAACAAAUGUCUUUGAAUACUCUUACAUUGAUUGCUCAAAAUGUCACUUUCAAAACCCAUGGGCUGAAGGUACUCUCUCCAGUAACUGCUCAUAUGCAGAAGCAUUUGACACCAAAUUUAAAAUUAAAGUUGGAGACUAUGCUCACUCACAUUGCCGAGGGUAUUGAAAGAAAUCUAUCUGUUGAUCAAACUGAUAUAUUUAUUAUCAUAUACAGCCUCAUUGAUGAUUGGCUAUCUGAUGAUAACCUUAGGCGUGAGACAUUAUUAGUAGAGGGUUCGGACAAAGAUAUAUUGCGUGAGGCUAGCAAUAAAAUGAGUUUGAAAUUUUAUGUUGGGACUGAACCCCAGUGCUCGUAUCUUAUCACAGUCUUCGCGCUUCAAUUACUUCACAAGCGUAUGAAAAAGAUCAAAUUUGACACACAAGUUCUUUCAAUGCUGGAUCCCUUCAUAAAGCUGCUUGUUUCUUGUCUAAAGUCCAAGUACGAAGAAAUAAUUGCUGUUGCCCUCAAAUGUAUAUUUCUGUUGAUAAGAUUGCCUCUUCCUUCUCUGGAAUCUCAAGCUGACAUGAUAAAAGUUACAAUAUUGGACAUUGCUCAAAGUUCAUCUAAUGCUAAUAGUCAUGUGAUGCAUUCCUGUCUAAAACUAUUGACAGCCCUGCUCCAGAGCACCAAAAUUACACUUUCUUCUGAUCAAUUGCAUGUUUUGAUCCAGUUUCCUCUUUUUGUUGAUCUUGAAAAGAAUCCCACUUUUGUUGCCUUGACACUUUUAAAGGCAAUAGUACGACGCAAGCUUGUUGUCCAUGAAAUAUAUGAUCUAGUAUUGCAAGUUGCUGAAAUGAUGGUCACCAGUCAAGAGGAAGCCAUUCGCAAAAAAUGCAGUAAGAUAUUGUUACAAUUCUUGCUGCACUAUCAACUUUCUCAAAAACGCAGGCAGCAGCAUCUUGAUUUCCUUGUUGCUUAUUUAAGGUACGAGCAUGCCACUGGGAGGGUGGCUGUGCUGGACAUGCUUGAAACAGUUAUUAAGAGAUUUCCUGUGAGCAUAAUAAAUGAGCAGGCAGAAACAUUCUUUGUCCAUUUAGUGCUUGCUUUGGCCAAUGAUCAUGAUAAUCACGUUCGCUACUUAAUAGGCAUUGUUUUAAAGCAUCUUAUUGACCGCAUAAGCCCACAAACACUUGAGUCCAUCCUUAGUAUUUGCCUUACUUGGUAUUUGGGGGAGAAUCAACAGCUGCGGAGCCCAGCAGCACAGGUCCUUGGAUUUGUUGUUGAAGUGACAAAGAGAGGUUUUCAGAAGCAUAUCAAAGAGGUACUGCCUGUAAUGAAAAUGAUUGUGCAGUCUACCUUUGAUGUAUUAAAUGGCGGGCAGCUUAAUCUUUUAGACCAAGACACAAUUCCGCUUUGGAAAGAUGCUUAUUACUCAUUCAUUUUGUUGGAAAAAAUUCUUACACAGUUUCCAGACUUAUUCUUUUCUAUGGAUACAGAGGAUAUAUGGCAAGCAGUCUCUGACUUUCUUGUGCAUCCUCAUCCAUGGAUUGGUAACAUAUGCAACCGUCUUGUUGCAUUAUACUUUGAGCAGAUGGGAAAGCAGGGGAAAAAAUUAGGAACAACUUGCCUUACAAGUACAAGUAGGAUGUUUCUGAUAGCUUCUUCUUUAUGUUACCGAUUAAAGGUUCAACUUGCUGAUAAAGUUGCGAGAAGACUUGUUAAGUGCAAUCUUGCAUUUGCAAUAUGUGGGAUACAAAACCUAUUGCGUCAAAAGGAAUUCGAGGAUCCUUGUAUGUUUUGGUCCACCCUUGAUCCACAAGAGCAAGGAUGUUUUCUUAAGGCUUGUCAGUUGCUUGAUCCAAAAAGUGGCAAGAGUAUUUCAACAUUGUUUACCUGUGGAGUUGAUUGUGAGAACUUUGAUCUGAAAAAUAAUGGUCUUAGUGUAUUGCUUGUAUCUGGUAUACUCAUCACGAUGGGAAAAACUGCUCUUCAAACUCAGGAUACUCAGACAAAGAUGAUUCUUGGCAGUUUCAAGCUGAUUGCUGAGCGAACCGGCCAGGAAGACUGCCAACAGUUUGCCAAUAUAUUACUGUUGCCAAUUUACAAACUUUGUGAGGGAUUUUCUGGAAAGGAAGUUUCAGACGAUGUGAAGCAACGUGCAGAAAAAGUACGAAAAACAAUACAAGUCAAGAUUGGUACUCAGAAUUUUGUACAAGCGUACAAUCAGUUGAGGCAUGAUCUUGGAGAAAAAAGGUUCAAGAGGAAGCGAGAUGAUAAGCUGAUGGCUGUCACUGAUCCUAUCAGAAAUGCAAAGAGAAAAAUGAGAAUAUCUGCAAAACAUCAAGCCCAUAAAAAGAGGAAAAUGAUGGCAAUGAAGAUGAAUAGAUGGAUGCGUUAAUAGUUCAACAGAGAGGACACGGUUGACUUGCGCUUGUUGAUUUAGCUAACUUGGGUGUUUAUUUCGCAAGAAUGGCUCAUUGACUCCCAUCUAGGUAUCGAUAGGCAUUACAGCGAUUAACAUAGGAUGAUAAAUGGAGGAUUGAUUUAUUGAUUAUAAGAACUGUAUUUACUUGUAUAUAUAGAUUGAGAAUACCUAUCAGGGGAUCCAAGAGAGUCUUUCUGAUUAAAUUUUGUUAGAAUAUGCAAUAGUGAUCUUUGGUGUUCAAAUAUCAAAUUUUGGAUGAUUGAACCAUACGAAUGCACUCUCUAGGACCUUGAAGGACUAGUUUUGAAGAAGUUAUGUUAAGCUACAUGAGUACAACAACCAUAAUUAUAAUACCACCUCUAAGUAUUGUUGACAAGAAAAGGAUGGCAACUUGAUGGUUGUAACUUCUGAGA